GUCAAGUUUAAUAGAGGAAGAAAACUUUUCUCUUUUUUCUAUUAUAUUGGAUUGGAUUCGGUUUUCGGACGACCCAAAACCAAUCUUCAAAUCCGCCCGUACACCCCCCUUCAAACAUUUGCUGCCUUCCAACCUUACCCGGAAACUGACUAAACCGGAACCAUUUCUCCAACUUCUAUCGGACCGGUUGGUUUCCGUCGGGUGGUUGCAUCUUGCUCACCCCCAGCCGCUGGCGUUGUUUUUAACCGCCAUGUCCAGAUAGUAAAGUAAUUUUUCAAAAUCGGCAUUAAGGAGUUUCUGCAAAAGCGUCGCGAAUCCUGGAUUGGUGAACUCGUGUUUGGAUCCAGUUCUCCACUUCAUUCCGUAACUUGUUUCUCCAAACUGCUACAAAAGACAAGCAAACCCUAAAAUCAUAUUUGAUUAAAUGUCCAACGAUAGCUAACAUUGCUCCGGAUUUUUGAAUUACUGAUCAUUAUGAAACUACAGUUUUGAUUGAAGCUGGAAUUUUGUUAUCACCAAUGGGCUAUAGAUGUAUUCAGUGUGGGUUUAACAUCAAAACACUUUAUCUUCAGUAUUCUCCGGGUAACAUUCGUUUGAUGAAAUGUGAGAAUUGCAAGGCUGUGGCAGAUGAAUACAUAGAAUGUGAAAUCACGAUUAUUAUAAUAGAUUUAAUACUUCACAAACCCAAGGCCUAUAGACAUCUCCUUUACAAUGUCAUCAAUCAAGAAACCUUGAAGUUUCAGGGGUUGCUUUGGAAAUUGGCUGCCAUUUUUCUUCUUUUUGAUGCAUACAGAUAUUUGAUCUUGGAAAGCAGCAAAGGUAAAUCGAGUUCAUCAAUGAGCUACUCCUCACUAGUGUCAACGUGUUGCAAGAUGAUGAUGGAUGUCUUCGUUGGAAACUUUAUGUUUCUUUUAACCUUCUUCUUUAUGGUCAAGAUAUUUCUUCAUAUAUCUCUCGGUGUCUCCAGGUGCAAUGGCAUUUUGCUUGGUCUCUUGAUUUCAUGUUACUUCAAGAUUUUUCUUAUCGCAAUGAUGGUUUGGGAAUUUCCAUCUUCUGUUAUGUUCAUCAUUGAAUUAUUUUGCUUAUCAUCGAAUGCAGUAGCAUUGAAAGUGAUGACGGAGUCAAGUAUGAGUCGAUGUGUAUGGACCUGCUUCAGUGCAUAUGCUAUCAAGUUUUUCUUCAUUCAGGCACAUGAACUCGUGUUGUUAUGGAAAUUCAUGCAAGGUUGGAGUCAAAUGCCAUUUACAUUGUCUUUAAAGUCGACAUUCAUAUAGUUUGUGAACUAAUCAUUCACUCCUUUUCUUAAAUUUGUAAUAAUUUUAUUAGCUGGUAAUGUUUAUGAUGUGUAUGCUAGCAUGAGAAUGCUUUAAGGUGAACCAUCAUAGAUUUGGAUGAUUGAGAUUUAUAACUUAGCCAGAGUAAUGUUGAUUACACAAAUAUUUGCAGAA